UCGAGGAACUUGAGGACUUGUUGAAUUGAAACCGUUAGUCUUAGUCUUGAUAUAUUUCUGUUAGCUACCAGCCUCGUCCUCGGGUAUAAAUAGCUGGUUUAUGGACAGUUGAAGGCAGUGGAUUGCAGGGGAAAAUAGAACUAGAAAAAAGAGUGCUGUGUCGUGAAACGAAACCAUGGGGAAGCAGAACAGCAAGCUCCGCCCUGAGGUGAUGCAGGACCUGCUGGAGAGCACAGACUUUACAGAGCAUGAAAUCCAGGAAUGGUACAAGGGCUUUCUACGGGACUGUCCCAGCGGCAACCUCUCCAUGGAAGAGUUUAAGAAAAUCUACGGAAACUUCUUCCCUUAUGGAGACGCCUCAAAGUUUGCGGAGCAUGUGUUCCGUACUUUUGACGCAAACGGGGACGGCACAAUAGACUUUCGGGAGUUCAUAAUUGCAUUGAGCGUCACGUCACGAGGGAAGCUGGAACAGAAGCUCAAGUGGGCGUUUAGCAUGUAUGAUCUGGACGGAAACGGAUACAUCAGCAAAGCAGAGAUGCUAGAGAUCGUGCAUGCGAUUUAUAAGAUGGUGUGUUCAGUAGUGAAGAUGCCGGAGGAUGAGUCCACACCUGAGAAGAGAACAGAAAAGAUCUUCAGACAAAUGGACACCAACCGGGAUGGAAAACUGUCUCUGGAGGAGUUCAUCAAAGGGGCGAAGAGCGACCCGUCCAUUGUGCGUCUGCUACAGUGUGACCCCAGCAGUGCAGGACAGUUCUGAGAUCAGCGUCUCGUGCUUCAACCUUUUAUUUAUUUAUGGGUUUUAAUUUCGUUUUUUGAUAUAGUCGCUCCUUCCAGUCACAGGGAAAUGAUGGAGGGUCAGGUUUUUUUUUCUUUUCUUUCUAUUUUCCCAGACUAGGGCAUCUGGGUCUCAUCAGACUGAGCUUGGCCAGAUAUAGAAACACACACAUGCGCGCACAGAGUUAUUGGCUGUGUUUUCUCUGUAGGGAGCCACCCCAGGUCUGCAAGAGGCCUGUGAUGGAGUGAAUUAGGGUUACUAGAGUAUUUAUCUGAACUCCAAUCACUUCCUGAUUAGAAAAGAGGUUUCAUGUUGGGGUAAAAAAUACAAUUCUAUUAGCUGAGGCAGUUUAAGCAUGACCAAGACCGGAAUAUAAGAUGGGGAAAUAGUUUAUGCACUCAAUAAAACACAGUUGUGUCCUUUAUUAUUAUUUUUUUUUAUAUCUGAUGCCUGAAUCCUAGAUCAAACGGGUGACAAUAGUGUGUAAACAACUCAGCCUUAGUGAUUUCAGUAUUUGGCUUAUUUUUAACUUUUAGACUAUGUAGUUUCUCUCAAUUCAUAAUUAGGCCAGCUUUAUUAUCGGCAGAUCACAGUAUUAUUAUUCAGUGGGACCAAUAAAACAGGCAUGCAGAUUUUCUAGUUGUAUGAUUCCCCACGUUUUGCUUACAAUCUACAGAGCCUUAUUACUUACUGCUGGAAGCGCACAUCCAGUUUCGUGUGGAUUCGUUUGGUUUGAAUCAGAAAGUCUGCCAUUCAAAAGACCUGAACUGAACUGAACUGCAUUCUCUUUUUCCAGUUUUCUAAUGUUUGUACUCUAGUAACUGUAGGCUUGUAUAUAAAUGUGAAAUAUCAGACACGCAUGCCAAACUGUACUCAGAGUUCCAUCUUAGGAUGCAGCGAUCGGUUUUAUUUUUAGCAAAAGCAUGUUAAUAAAUUAAUCUGCAUUUGUGGACAGGAGAGUAUUUGUGUAAUGUGUAUGCACGUGUUGUGUGUGUGUGUGUGUGUGUGUGUGUGUGUGUGUGUGUGUGUGUGUGUGUGUGUGUGUGUGUGUUUGGUUUAUAUCAGUUACAGCCCUGUUUGCUCACCCUGGUUCUAGAUGUUGUGUUGCAUUGUUUGCAUUAUUGCAGAACAUUUUUAUUGAAGAAGUACUAAAGCUUUAUUCAUUCAAAGCUAAUAUAAUUUUAGACUCACUUUAAUCUGCUUUAUAGGCAGUCUUUAACCCUGGAUUGUACACAUGAGCAUCAUCAAGUUACUGAAUUGCCUUAAACACACUCCAAAGCUUUCCUGUGUAAGUAAUUUUUUUUUUUUUUUUUUUUUUUUAAAUCAAGCCUCAGUUGCAGUAAAUUUGCUUGAACUCGAAAUGAAAAUGAUCCAUCUGUUGGUGAGUUUAGCACUAUGUUCUUCCCGUUCACUCCUUUAGCAGAUGUAAUUAUGUUGACGGCCAUUUGCUCAAUAUAUUAAUUUGUCGAAGACGCUCAUUUCUAAAAUAACAUCAAGAGUGUAAGAGGAAAUAGGACCCAUUGCUUUUCAAAUGCCCCUUGCAUUCAUGUUGUAUUCACACCUGUAUCCAUUGCACUUGCGGCACAAAUUUAAUUCAACGAUAGGUAGAGAGCAUUUAGUAGCUUCUAGUAGUUUCCGUAUCACCCUCUGCCCUGCUUUUAUCAAACGUGCCAACUGCUUCUACUGAUGUUCAGUGUUCUUGAAUGUCCCUGUUAAUGCCAAAUGCCUCACCACAGUGCAUUCGGUUCUGCUAUUCUGUUAUUUUACUUUUUAUCUUACUCGUUGAACAACUGCUGUUUUUGUAAAAAUAUUAAAACAGAGGCAGAUCAAAAUUUGUUCUGUUAUUUCAUGGUUUAUGCAUAUUUUAUGUCGUUUUUUCCCCCCGUUUUCUUUUUAAACAUCUGACAUUACAUUUCUGUAUGACAAUAAUAUCAUGCAGUCGUGUGCCAAAAAUAUGAAAGCAGUAUUGUGGAAAUUUAUACUGUACAAUUGUUAUUUGUCAAACAAAUUGUUUGUAAUUCUUGCAUUUUGUAGAUUUUGUAUGGUAAUCUGUAUUUUGUGGCUGUAGAGAUUUGAGACCUAGAGAUUUGUUUUGGUUAUCACAUUGAGCAGAAAUUAAAUCUGGAGAGAACAGCG